AUGGCGGAUACAAAACCAUCUGAUGGCUCGCAAACCAUACAUAAUGGCAGUGUUCCAAACGGUGGACAUGCAUCUGUUAUACGUAUUGAUAGUGUAGUAAACGUUGGAGACACGUCUAUCUCAUAUGAUGGCAGUGUGACAAAUACUGGAAACACAUGCAACGUAUCACAGAUUGAUGCAGAAUCGAAUGUGAUAGCGGCGGCACAGGUUCUGCCUGUGAACAAUACAGACACUGUAGUAGCGAGCGAUAGUGCUAACUGUACCAUUAAGGAAAACACUGACGGUGAUGGGAAGUGUGGGGUUGAAAGUACUUGUAUUGAUGUAAAUGCAUCCGAUAGAAAUAGUGUAGAGAAAGAUGAGAAUACCACAGAAAAGGGUAAUGAAAUAUACGAGAGCGUAGAAGAAGAAAUAACUGACAUAGAACAAGCGGGAGCUAUAAAGGCAAUAGAAACCAGCAAGGAGGUUAGUAGCGAUGGAAGUGGCGAGCAUGGGGAUGUUGCUAUGGAGACAAAUGGGGAUGGGGAUACCAACAUACCUGGUGUAGUAGAAAGAGGCAGCAAUGACAACAGCGCAUCUCACACGUAUAAGACAGGUGUCGUGUCAGUUAGUACGGAGGUCCAAGGGGGCGAAGUGAGUACCAUUGCGAUCGAAGGUGCAGAUGAACACAAACCCAGUGCACACGUUGGCGAUGGAAAUGAUAAUAGUACACGCAGCCAUACAAUUGAUGGUUCAGAUAAGCACCGGUCUAGGGCAUACGAGGACGCUAGUACUGUAGAUACAUGCCAAACAAGUGCGGUACCAAAGGUGGAAGGGGAUAUGGACGACGACAUCGAUAAUGGUAAAAAUAUUGAUAGCAAUUCGGAUGGGAAUGAGAGUGAGAAAGAGGGUCGCAAAGUGACUGGGACUAAGGCGGGAAAGUCAAGGGCAAAGAAACCAAAACCAACCAAACAAGAACGCCUCAAGCAAAGGCUGCAGCAUUUCACUACGCCCAUCGGAACACUCAUGCAUGCACAGGAUUACGCAGAAGACUG